CCUCCUUUUUGAUAAUCUAUUUAUUGCACGCAUCCCUCUUCUCCGAUAAUUAUCAUAAUCUUGAUACUUGCUCAUAAUUUUCUCCAUACUCUUCGAAUCCACCUCCUUGUCAACUAGAAAUAUUCCUGUUGAAAUACUGUAUUUUGGGGGAAGAAGCUAUAGUUAAUUUAUAAGCCAAUAAAUUCUGGAAUAAUUUCCAAUUGAGGGUUCAAUUUAAAUUCCAGGUCUGUGAGUAUAAUCUGAUCAACAAACUAUGGUAACAACUAAGGUCUACGUAGUGUAUUACUCACUUUAUGGGCAUGUGGAGACCAUGGCGCGAGAAAUACAACGAGGAGUCAAUUCGGUUAUGGGUGUCGAAGCAACACUCUGGCAGGUUCCGGAGACACUUCCUGAGCGGAUAUUGGAGAAGAUGAAGGCUCCUAAAAAGCCUGAUGAUGUGCCUGAGAUCACGCCUGAGCAGCUCUUGGAGGCUGAUGGUUUCAUAUUUGGUUUCCCUUCUCGUUUUGGUGUGAUGGCAGCUCAAUUCAAAGCGUUUUUUGAUGCCUCCGAUGAGAUAUGGGCCGCUCAAGCGUUAGCUGGUAAACCUGCUGGAAUCUUCUGGAGUACUGGUUUUCAUGGUGGUGGCCAAGAGCUUAGUGCACUAACAGCCGUAACUCAGUUGGCACAUCAUGGCAUGAUAUUUGUUCCUCUUGGAUAUACUUUUGGUAAAGGGAUGUUUGAGAUGGAAGAGGUAAAAGGUGGAUCUGUCUAUGGAGCUGGAACUUAUGCUGCUGAUGGUUCUCGUCAGCCCACAGAACUGGAAUUUCAACAAGCCUUCCAUCAAGGCAAAUAUAUUGCUGGAAUUACAAAGAAACUCAAGUAAUUAGUCACAGAACAAAGAGCAAGGAUUAAGACAUAAGUGAGCAAUUUAUCACUGAAAUGGGAAGAGUCCAAAAAGAUAAGACUCUAUCUGCAAAUGUACAUUGAUUGUAAAAGCCUUUAAGUCUCUGGAGAAAAGUUUAGAUGUACAGCUGCCUUUGUUGCUUAUAUUCCGUUCGCAUUAGUUGAUUCUCUACCUUGUAAAUUUGUUAAAUGAAAUUUUAAUUGAUCCUCUAUGUAGAAUUUAAUAACCUGUCAUUCGGUCUUAUGA